ACUCUGCUUUUCUGGCUUUUAUCGUUUAUUGUCGUCAUUUUGAAAGGGAGCGGGUUUAUUUCCAGUCUCCAACGAAACGUUCAGAUGCGUUUCUCUGACAUCCGGCGGCCAGAGAGGACGUGAAGGCGGCAGAACCGGCAGAAUGGACCCGAACCAGAGGAGGCCUGGUUGUUUACUCCAGUAGUUCCGCCAUUGAGGUUUUAUUUGUCCACUGAAGUGAUGGUGAGGAUCCUGGGAACAUAAAUAUAUGCUGCCGGUCAACAUGGAGGAUAAAUACAGCAGCAACGUUUUGUCUGGAGGGAAACUGGGAAUGGUGGAAGUUCCUGAUUCAAGGUUAACCAGAUACAUUGUUCUGCUGAUCCUCUCAAAGAUCCUGAAGGCUUUAGGUAUUUUUGAAUCGUAUGACAUCCUGAAAGUCGUUCAUAUAGUUCAGUUCAUCUUCAUAUUAAAGUUAGGGAGUGCUGUUAUUCUGCUUGUCUUUCAAAAACCCUUUUCUUCGGGGAAAGUCAUCUCAAAGCGGCAGUGGAUAAAGUUGGUUAAACAUGCUGUUUUCAGCUGCGUUAUUUCCCUCCUGGGCUUCUUUGGUCUCACUCUCUGUGGACCUUUAAGGACUUUGCUGCUUUUCGAGCACAGUGACGUUGUGGUCGUCGCUCUGCUCGGCGUUCUCUUCACUAACUCAGGAGGCGGACCGUCCAAGACCAGAGGAGCAGCUUUGUUCAUCAUCGCUGUGAUCUGCCUCCUGCUCUUCGAUAACGACCAUCUGAUGGCGAAGAUGGGAGAUCAUCACCCGGAGGGACACCAUGACAGCGCGCUCACACACUUCCUCUACACGGCCAUUUCUCUGCUUGGAGUCGCAGAUCACAAGGGCGGCGUGGUUCUGCUGGUGAUGUCACUCUGCCUGAAGGUCGGCUUCCACACGGCGUCCAGGAAGCUGUCGGUGGAGAUCGGCGGAGCCAAGCGGCUCUACGCGCUCGACAACCUGCUGUCCGCCGCCGUGAUGCUGCCCUGGGCCGCCGUCCUGACCGCCACCACCGAGAGCAAAGUGGACUCCUGGUCUUCGCUCGUCGUCCCGUUCGCCAUGAUCAUCUUCUCCGUCGUGAUCCUGGAGUUUUACGUCGAAGCCGUCUGCAGCGCCAAGAUGGAGGCUCCGCGCUGCGCCCGCUACGGCGCCUUCGCCCUCUUCCCGGCCGCGCUGGCGCUGGCCAACUUCUGGACCGGCUCGCUGCGCCGCCCGCCGCAGCUCGCCACCGAGCACGUGCUCUCCGGCGGAGUCAUCGUCAGCGCCGUCUUCUUCGUCAUGGCCUCCAGCAUCCUGACGGCGCCGUCCAAGAAGGGGCAGAAGGGAACGCUGGUGGGCUACUCGCCCGAGGGAACGCCACUGUAUAACUUCAUGGGCGACGCCCUGCAGCACACGUCGCAGUCGCUGCGCUUCAUCAAGGAUUCGCUCAAACAGAUCCUGGAGGAGUAUGACUCCCGGCAGAUCUUCUACUUCCUGUGUCUCAACCUGGCCUUCACGUUCGUGGAGCUGUUCUACGGCGUUUGGACCAACAGCCUGGGCCUGAUCUCUGACGGCUUCCACAUGCUGUUCGACUGCUCCGCUCUGGUUCUGGGCCUGUUCGCCGCCCUCAUGACCCGCUGGAAGGCCACCAGGAUCUUCUCCUACGGGUUCGGCCGCGUGGAGAUCCUGUCUGGGUUCAUCAACGGCCUCUUCCUCAUGGUCAUCGCCUUCUUCGUGUUCGUGGAGUCGGUCACCCGCCUGCUGGAUCCUCCCAACAUCAACACCGACAUGCUGACCCCGGUGUCGGUUGGCGGUCUGCUGGUCAACCUGGUGGGAAUCUGCGCCUUCAGCCACGCCCACUCCCACGGCGGGAAAAGCUGCUCCUCUCACGACCACGGACACUCGCAUCACGGCCACGCCCACGGCGAGCACAGCCACGCCCACGGUGGUCAUGGCCACGCCCACGGCGGCCACGCCCAUUCCCACUCCCACGGCUCGGGCAGCAGAGGAAUGAACGCCAACAUGCGAGGAGUUUUCCUCCACGUUCUGGCCGACACUCUGGGCAGCGUCGGCGUCAUCAUCUCCACCAUCCUCAUCCGGCAGUUCGGCUGGCUGAUCGCCGACCCGAUUUGCUCGCUCUUCAUCUCCACGCUCAUUUUCCUUAGCGUCAUCCCGCUGCUGAAGGACGCCUGCGAGGUUCUCCUCCUGAGAACUCCUCUGGAACAGGAGAAGGACCUGAACGGCGCGCUGGAGAAGAUUGAGAAGAUUGAAGGAGUUGUGUCGUACAGAGACCCUCACUUCUGGAGACAUUCGGCCAACGUGAUCGCCGGGACCGUCCACCUGCAGGUCAUGUCAGACGUGGUGGAGCAGCGGAUCAUCCAGCAGGUGACGGCCAUCUUGAAAGACGCCGGGGUGAACAAUCUGUCGGUCCAGGUGGAAAAGGAGGCGUACUUCCAGCACAUGUCAGGACUCAGCACCGGCUUUCAGGAUGUUCUGGCCAUGACGCAGCAGAUGGCGUCCAUGAAAUACCCCAACGACGGGACUCUCAUCAUGUAGCGCCGUCUAAAGACUCAAAGAAAAACCCUACAGAUGUACAGUUUGUGUAAUAAAUCCGAAUAUGAUGGGUUCAUAUUCUUGUUCUGACGA